ACGUUCAAGCAGGAUCUCAGUCAUGACUAGAGCAACACGUGCCGUGCUCUUACAGCUGAUAAUUUUAACGGUUUUCUGGAGUAACGUGUUCGGCGAAACAUUGGUUCUUAGAGACGUGAGACCUUGCGAUAAUGGAGACCUCUCUCAAGUCCGAGAAAUCAGGGUGACGCCAUGCAAUAAGGAACCUUGUGCAAUACCUAAAGGUGAAGUAGUUCGGAUGGAAGUGGACUUUAUUGCAAAUCGGAACUCUGUCCAUCCACAAGUAAGUAUCAAAGCUAAACUUUUGGGCUUCCUACUUCCGUUUCCUAGCCUUAACCCCAACGGAUGUGUUGGCAAAAACCUCCAAUGUCCUCUGGAAAAAGGAAAACUUUAUACCUUCAAAUACGACUUGAAAGUUGAAAAAUACUUUCCUCGUGUCACCGUAGACGCAAGGUGGAAGCUGAAAGGAGAAACAGGUGGCUUCUUCUGUUUCUUAGCUCCAGUCAGUGUGGUCUGAAGACGCAACAAGUGUUUUACAGUAUAGGCUGAAUCUUUUCAGUUUACUACUUUUUUGUCCAAUUUCCUCAUGAAUCAGUUAGGGGUCCAGCAGUAAAGUACGUAAUGGAAAAAUAUGUAAAUUUUAAUCCCUGAAAAGAAGAACUUUAAUAUGUCAUAAAGUCGGUGUUAUUUAAAAAAAAACCUAUAUAACCAUUUAAUUAAAGUUUAUUUUUUUUUACUCUAGA